AUGGCUGGACUGGAGUCCGUUCCUGCUUUCACCGAAAGGGCUAGACAGAUCGGCCUCAGCGAGGACCUCUUGGGCAAGUUCGUGGCGAAGAACCUGGACACCUAUGGGAAGCUGGCCUUCAUUUGCAGCAGCAGGCCCAGUUCCGGAGACGACAAGGCCCUCUUCGACUCCAUCAACGCUCUCAUAGGAUCAGAGGUCCCAGUGGAGCAGCAGUCAGUUGUGCGCCGGCUUUGGUACGAGGCUCACUCUCACGCCUUGGUGGAUUUGGAAGCGAGGGCUUCGCGGACCGGGGAAACCAGUCCUCGAGAGAUGCCCUUGGCAGAACGGCUCACACGGCUUAAGCGGCAGCGUGGGGAGCUGAAGGGCCUUGAGCUUGACGUGCAUACGGAGCCGCGGCAUGCCUUAGUGGACCGAGUACAGGCGAUGCUUGACAGUGCGCAGGUCCUUCACAUUCCACCUGAGAAGUGCAUCUCCCGCCAUGACGAGAUCCUGGGGGAUAAAUCCGAGCAGAAGCUUUCCUUGGGCGCAGACGGCAACAUAAAGAUCACCAAGCAGGCCACUUCGCUUCGCUGCGAGACCACUGGGGAGCUCAAGCUGAGGCGCUGCUUCCUUAGGCGGGCGCUGGCGUUCGAUCAGGUGGGCCUCGCGAGCUUUGUCACGAUGGAGUCGUGGCACAACAAGAUGUUCCAGGCUUUGCUUGGCGCUCCCCCGGCGGGGUAUCGCUACACCACGGUGCAGCAGCUCCUGGCAUCAGACCAGAAGUUGUGGCAGGUAGUGGCCCAGGACAGCAGAGGGGACAUUUCCAUAGGAGUCGGCAUGCCAGCGCCCUUGGACAAGCACAUUGUCGCAGCCUCGAACAGUCAGUUUGUCAUGUCGUGCCUCACUCACCUUCCCAAGCCACCAGAGGCCCCAGCUCAGCCUUGGAGGCCUUCUAAAGGUAAAGGAGAGAAGGGAGACAAAGGAGGCAAAGGCGGCAAAGGCAAGAAUGGCAAGGGCAAGAAUUUUCCAAACCAAUGCCGAUGCAGCUCCAACGACUUCAUUGAAGGAGUUGUGGCCAAGCGCCUCAUGCAGCAGCGCGAGCCCAUCACGGCCAGCCAAGUGGCUGCCCUGUUUGAUGCUUUGCCGCAUGAUGAGUGUGACCGCGAUGCUGAGGGGAUUUCUUUCUCUGCCGGGCUGUUCUCCCGUGUGCAGGCGGUGAACAGGUUUGCAACCUCUUUGCUUAGCGAUGCAGUUUACACCAGCUUUGCCAUUUUCUCCCGAGUGCAAACUCGAGCACAUCGAGACACACAGCACUAUCAGCACUCUACCGCCCCCUUCACCGGUCGGCGGCUUGUCUUGGUACUCUUCAGUCUUCAAGCGGCAUCCAUUGCGGUUCAGCUGGCUCCUGCGCUGCUCAGCCAGCUCCCUUCGCGGGCGCAUAUUGUGUCUGAGGGCAGCAACCCCCUGCCGCGGCAGGGUCAGCUUGCUGCAGCAGCCAUGCAGUCGGGGUGGGAUGCGAUCCCCAUCGGCAAACGGUUCUUGACGGUAGGAACCACUCCUCUUGUGCCUUUGGAUCUGACCGACGAGCCCUCUUUGGACCACCUGCUCAACUUUGACAGUCAAGUCGUGGCCGAUUGGUGGCACGGGCAUCUCUUCUUGAAAUCAUGCACUCGCACCAGCGGCAAAAAUCAUGAUCGGCCCUUGAGAAGUGCUGACUACGUCUUUGGUAAUCCCAACCUGCCACCCGCAGCAGAGCACUUAGUGCAACAGGACAACUGCCUCUGCCGAGCCCUGGUCGCUGUGUUGGCUCGCGCUUUUGCAACCGGUGCCUUAGUGUCCCUCGUCGGUCCAGCCCGAAGCCAUUGCUGGAGCCUGCUGGCCUCCUGCGUCAAGCAGCGGGGCCCUUCAGCUUUUGUCGAUUGGUUCUUCGCUUUGUCGGAUCAAGAGUUGGACACUUGUAUGUUUGGUGCGUCCUUCCUGACUUCUGUGCGUAUCAAAGCCAGUGUGACGUGGUGCGACCAGCUUCCGCUCGGUGCAAGCAACUUCGUGCCCAGGCUCCCCUUGUCCCAGGUGCCGCCAGGAAUCUAUCACACCAUGGAAGAACAUUUGCACAAGGCUUGUCAGCUCCCGUGUCCCGCAGACACAAGCAGCCGCUUGCCUGACACCGUCCGCAGGAACAUCUUUUCUGUGCUUACCGAGGGACCUCUGGCAAUCUCCAAGAAGCGGAUGCUAGCCCUUCAGGCUCUGAAUGCCCAGCUUGCUGAACUGUCGAGUGCAGAGGCAGAGCUUCGAAAGAAUAUGCACCCUGAUGUUGAGGCGGUGACUCGAGGAAAGGCCAUCGCUCUCUUCGGGCGACUGCUUGAGGAAACCGGAUUCCCCGACAUGUCGGUCAUUGACCUGCUGCGAGACGGGGUUCCUUUGGUGGGGCAAGAGAAUGCCUCUGCGCUUUUUGACAAGCGGCCCAAGCCUCAGGACAUCGACCCAGAGCAGUUGAAGGCGCAGGCGAUGCUCAGGCGACAGGUGUUGCAGCAGAUGAAAGGGUUGGCCUCAGGGGAAGACUAUGCCUCCAUGAAAUCCGAAACAGAGGCUGAAGUAGCCGCUGGAUUCAUGUCGGGACCAUUUCAUUCCGAACAGGAGGUCUCUUCCGAGCUUGGCACCGACGACUGGUCGCUAUCCACGCGCUUCCUUUUGAGGCAGGGGGAGGAUUCUAAGGUUAGGAUAAUCGACGACUUCAAGAUGUCGGCGGUGAACCGGGCAUUUGGCUCCACUUCCUUUCUUGAGCUGCAGGACACUGAUUAUGCGGUUGGGCUUCUAAGGUUCAUAUCGCGCGUCCUGCAGGAUAAGAAGCGAGUUAAGGUGCCACUCGCAGACGGCACAGUGCUUGAAGGGGACUGGUCUCCUGAGAUGCUCGCCCGACCCGACCUCCUUGGUAAAACGCUUGACUUGAGCAAGGCUUAUCGUCAGGUGGGAAUCCACCCCGACACGAGGGAUCGCGCUGUGCUGGGUUUCCCAAGUCCCAGCGGAGCUUGGGAGUUCUACAUAGCAAAGAGCCUGCCCUUCGGAGCUGCAGCGAGCGUAUACGGCUUCAACAAGAUUGCUUUGGCCAUACUUCACAUCAUGAU